CCUUCUUAGAUUCUUCAGUCAGACAACCUGAACUCAACAUGGCGUCCGACUCCCACAAGGGCCGACACCGGCCCAUCAAGGAGGCUCUGGAGCCGAUAUCAAAUCCAUACAUGUCUACACUGAACGACACGCUGCACAUUGCCAAGGAGGUGGUCAUGGGUUCUCUUCAGUCCGAUUACAGACGUUCAGAGAGUGUCAGGAUAUUAUCUGAUUUGGCUCCAAGUCUCAUGCAACCACGGAUCAUGGCUGCCGCUCAGAACUCGUCAUCUGCUCGCGGUGUCGUCACUGCUCCUCCCCCUCGACCCAACGCGCUGCUCCGCCUGCCAACUUCGUUUCCGGCUGGGCUGACCGGUAUACCCCCGCGUGCGACGUCCAACUCCCUGGCCAUCCUUGAAGCGGUGGAUCAGCUCACUCAAAUGUCGCUGGACAGGUCUAUCGGGCAAGAAGAGCAUCCGUCUCUCAUCCGUGGUUUCAGAGCUACUGUCCCGUCCUCCGAAUUGCCCAAACAGAGACGGCGUCUGAUACGAGGUGGGAUGGUGGAUGCCGAUCUGGGGCUUGGAUCCGAGAAGAUGGGAUUGAAGAGACUUGGCGAUCGAGCUCGAGGAUUAUUAACAGACGGUGCGGACGAUACUCCUGAGCCUUCUCGAAGACGUCGUCGGAGGCAUAGAAGAGGCGGGUCUUUUGGUCGGCAGUCGCUCAAGUGGGAGGACUUGGUCAAACAAGCGGACGAGAUUGCUCUAGAUAAGGAGAAUCUUCACGUCCGAACUUCCCUGAUACACUCCGAGAUCAACGAAGUGUCGGCCAAAAUAGAUACACUUGAGGAGAUAAGGAGGCGACUCGAGGCAUCCCUCCUUCGUCUUCAGGAAGAACGUCUUGAGCUCGAUGACGAGCUAGAGGGUGUUCAAGAGCUUUUGUCGGACCCUAAUGUCAUGCGAGACGCGAAAACGAUCUCCGCCAUUGAGCAUCAGGAAAACGGUACGCCAGUCAGGAGUUCGAGACGUCGUAAAGGCCCGGCAUUCUUGCCUUCGGAGCACGAUGAGCUGCCUCCGAACGUGGCGUUCAUGACUAUGCGAGCACACGAAGGUAGUGUGACCGCAUUGGAUUUCAAUGAGCCCUAUGGAUUACUGGUGACCGGAGGAGACGACGGGAAGGCAAAAGUGUGGGAUUUAUGCGAUGGUACGCAGAUCGGAGAGCUCCGAGGUCAUUUUGGAGCAGUCAAGGCAUUACAAGUCGAGGAUACACUCUGUCUGACUGGUGGGACGGAUGGAAAUAUCAAGCUUUGGGAUCUGCGAAUUGUCGAGGAAUACGAGGAGCGACGUCAAAAGUUUGCAAACGACGUCCCUGCGAGCCCUCUGAAGCCUAUUAAAGAGAUUGAUGCGGAGGACGAGGGAGAGUUCUGGGACGAGGGACCGAGUCAAUUCUCAAUCACCUCGAAUUUGACAACCUUGUCCCAGGUAGAAGACGAGGGACCAUGUGUUAGGACGCUUGAGGGGCACAGUAAAGCUGUGACCGCGCUAUACUACGAGGACAGGGUCUUGGUGACCGGCUCGCAAGACAAGACGAUCCGGGUCUGGAGCGUCGAGACUGGCCGGUGCGAGAUGACCAUGGACCUGCUAUCAGUCAUGAGCAAUCCGCCUGAUCUUCAGCAAGUACAGACAAAACCCGGACUGUACCGCUCUUCCACCUCUUUCGGCGCCAAUCACUAUGAUGAUCUCUUGCCGUCCCCGUCUCUGAUUGGACUCUCUGGCGCGAGCUUGCUGAGCGCAGCAACUAGUCAGACGUUCUCGGUGCCUACGCCAGUGUAUAGUGAUGGCUCUUGGAGGCAAUAUGAAGAAUUCGUUUCGGGUCUGCAAUCUUGGGGUUACGCGCUUGUCAGCGGAUCGGGAGAUGGAGCUGUGCGGAUGUGGGAUCUGCGGAGUGGACAAGCCCAUCGGACACUUUUGGCGCACAGCGCUCCUGUCACAUGCCUGCAAUUCGACGAAAAUCAUAUCAUCAGUGGCAGUUUAGACCGAACCAUGAGGAUCUGGGACAUCCGGACCGGUACCGUCAUUGAGACGCAUCGAUACGAGUUCCCAGUUACGUCUCUAGGCUUUGACUCCCGUCGUGUACUGGCAUGCACUGGAGAGCCGGGCAUAGAACUGUAUAAUCGUACUUCUCACAAGCAUCAACGACUGACGACCAAUGGCCACACAAGUCCGGCCGAACGACUGAGAUUCAGCGACCGUUACCUUGUAUCUGGUGAUCGUGGCGGAAGUAUCAAAGCAUGGGCAUUAUAGAGGAGGAACCCCAGUGUAUGCAUCAAUACCGCAUGGGC